AUGAGACAGCUGCAUCAGUACCAGGCAUGGCGCGGACUGCUGCUGCUGGUGUCGCUCUGCCCACUGGGACUGUCCGAGAAAUAUGGUUGCCUUUUCGCGGGACCUGCCACGCUCUGCACCAGGGAACAGUUCUGCUCCGAUGACCUGCCCCGCCCUCAUGCGCCUGCCCCGCCCUCAUGCGCCUGCCCCGCCCUCAUGCGCCUGCCCCGCCCUCAUCUACCUGCCCCGCCCUCAUCUACCUGCCCCACCCUCAUCUACCUGCCCCGCCCUUAUAGACCUGCCCCGCCCUCAUCUACCUGCCCCGCCCUCAUCUACCUGCCCCACCCUCAUCUACCUGCCCCGCCCUCUUCUACCUGCCCCGCCCUUAUAGACCUGCCCCGCCUUCAUGCGCCUGCCCCGCCCUCAUGCGCCUGCCCCGCCCUCAUCUACCUGCCCCGCCCUCAUCUACCUGCCCCGCCCUCAUCUACCUGCCCCGCCCUUAUAGACCUGCCCCGCCCUCAUCUACCUGCCCCACCCUCAUCUACCUGCCCCACCCUCUUCUACCUGCCCCGCCCUUAUAGACCUGCCCCGCCCUCUUCUACCUGCCCCGCCCUUAUAGACCUGCCCCGCCCUCUUCUACCUGCCCCGCCCUUAUCUACCUGCCCCGCCCUCUUCUACCUGCCCCGCCCUUAUCUACCUGCCCCGCCCUUAUAG